AUGGCAGAUCGCGGUCGUGCUCCAGCUAGAGGCCCUAGAGGUGGUCCUCCACCUCGUGGUAGACCAAUUCCACCUUCAUCUGAUGUAAAUGGCUCCUCAUGUUGGAAAGACUCAAGUAAAGGCAAGCGGGAAGCCAUCCUCGACUUGUCCAAGUACGUCAAUGAGAGAAUAAGGGUUAAAUUCACUGGCGGAAGAGAAGUCACUGGAAUCCUCAAGGGUUAUGAUCAAUUGCUCAAUCUCGUCCUUGACGAGGUCGAAGAACAGAUUAAUGGUGCUGUCAUCAGCACUCCUCUUUUACACACAACUGACAGUCGCUCUACAGAGCCAGAACCUCAAUCCCGUAUGUUGAACCUCGUAGUCCUUCGGGGACCCACCAUCACUCUCCUCAGUCCUGUAGACGGCUCAGAAGAAAUUGCGAACCCUUUCGUAGCUCAGGAGUAG